AUGGAUCCGUUGUACUUGGACAUUCCCCGUCCCUUCAGCAAAUUUCCGGUGGGCUAUCGACCGGUGAGCAGAGGUGGCGGGGUGAUUCGAACGAUGUCGAGUCUCAGUCUCGAUCAAUCACGAAAUAAUGCAUUUAAUGCAUUCUAUGACCAAGGAAUGCCACCUCCACAACUGGCUUUUUCUGAGAUCGCUCAAGGCUACUCUGUAUCGCCCGAAUCAAACAUGUACAGGACCACGAAUCCACCGACGAGAAACGUCCACCAGUCCUCUCUACCUGCAUCUGUGGAACAUAUUGCGGAUGUCGGAGAGAGUUUCCCGGAAAUGAAUGCUAGAAGUUCUGGAGAUACUCCGCGGGAUGGCCGCAGCAGCGUGCCUAUAAAAAAUUCAUACGGUGGAGCGGCUCUUCUAGCAGAGCUAGGCAGUUCUGAUGAGUUUCGCUGGAAACUACGACGCCAGAGAGAAAAAAUUGAAGAUUACCGACGUCAGAUUGAUUGUCAAAACAAUAACUUGAAUUUGAGUGCAGCCCCUCACGAAACGGUAAAAAUUAAUGAUUCAAAGGUAGCCUGGAGAAAUGGGAAUGUCAAUCGUCGGGGAAGUUUUACUCAGUCGAAUUCAUACCCCAAAUCUGUCCUGUACAAAACUCAGUCGGACUCUUCUCUGUUCCAAGACCUUGAUUACGGACCGUAUCCGCCGCUGAAUUCAGAAUUACCCCAAAUUCCGCAACGUACAACAGGUAGCGUUCGACAAUCGGACGGGUUUGGAAGGCUGCCAUCUUCUGUAGAGCGCAAAGCGCCUAUGGAAGGGUUUUUCGCCUCAAAAUCUCGCCAAGAUCCUGUCUGGGUCACGAGUCCCCCACCGCCAUUCAAAAUUCCAAGAGGACACCACAAUGCCCAAAUCGUUUUAUUACUCAAACAAGCAGCAGAUUCACCUUCCACAUUCACGAGAUGGGCUGAGGAUCCACCACUGUCAACAUAUGAUCAUGUGCCCACCAACCUAUCCUUUGCGGUUGAAGCUGGCCAAGCUCCCGUGAAUCAGCACAACCUCGAAAGCGGCGCUUCAAACACUGCCGGACGCUUGCAGUUUGCUACCAUAGAAACAGAGCCGAAUCGGAUUCCAUCACGAAGUCCUUUAGAGGUGCCCUUAUCUAGAACAAGUUUGCAUGAGUAUAUCGCAAAGAGACGAGGCCACUCCGGACAUCAUUUUACGCACGGUCCUAACCGUUCCUUCGCUCAUAACGCGCCUGAUGUUCCGGCAGGAAUCAGUCAUGCUCCAUCAACACAUCAACAGUCGAGUAGCGAACGUAACUCACCAACCAGAGACUUCAAUGAACAAGGAUCGAACCUCCGUGUUGGAACGAAUUUCAUGCGAGGGCUUUGCGGCAGUAACAUGGGUAAUGGGGGUGUUGUUCACUCGAUACCGCGAACUUCUCGAAAAGCUCAAGUACUAUUGAAGGAAAGGUCGUUCGCUAUAAUUUCGCGACCUUUGACACCUCCAGCAAUUUUGCAGAAUAUUAGCGAUGUGGUAGAUCUAGGCUCACAAUACCGUCAAGUUAUGGCCAGUGAAAGUCUAAAUAAAAUGCGACGGGGUAGUGAACCAAUUUCUUCACCGGUGGCUGCAAUUUCUCCACCUGGAUCAGAUUCUUUUAAUCGAAACCUUGGAUCACCAUUGUCUUCCUACGACAACACUGAGAACGAGGAGCGGUUUCGUUCUCAUCAGGCGGUGCAAAACAUUUCCUCAAAUCAAGCGCAACAGAUUUGUUCAACUCCAGCGCAUGGAAUUCUGCUUAAAAAUACUGAGGGGGUUACCCGACCGUCGAAAAAAGUUGUUUUUCAAUGCGAUUCACUCGAGGCGGACCGAUGUCUGCAGGCGAACGUGAACUCGACGGAACCUCCUCCACACGUCAAGGCUUACGAUGCUGCGUUGGGGGAUGUCAUCGAAAACUGGUCUGCUGUAUCUGACCAAAUCGGAGGCGACGUCAAACUUAUGCGAGAGAAGGUCACUGCUGUGUUCAGUUCUCUAAGAAUUUUCCUCUGGACGGCUGCUUGUCAAGUCGAACCAUCAACUGAUGAGGUUCAGAAAUUGGUCUCGCCCAUUGUAAAUCUCUUGUCGGAAAUAAACAGCUUCAAAGAUUCUCGACGCAAGGCCCCACAAUUCAACCAUCUCUGUGCUGUCGCGGAGGGCAUUCCUGCCGUUGGAUGGGUCCUUGUGAAGAAAACUCCUGCUGCGCAUGUCAAGGAGAUGCUCGACUCUUCAAUGUUCUAUAUCAAUCGUGUUCUGAAGGAGUUCAAGGACGGCGAUCAAAAGAAUAUCGAAUGGGCCCGUUUAUGGAAAAAUAUUCUGGAGACCAUGCAUACAUUCGUUCGUCAGACCCACACAACCGGUCUUGAGUGGAACAGCGCACCUGGAUGCUCACCUCCUCCGAGUGACGCGCGCUUGACUGGAAGUCACAGCGCAGCUCAAGGCCCACCACCUCCUCCACCUCCACCUCCACCUGGCUUGUUCGCUGCUGAUAACGCAUCUGCGGCAACGGUCGAUGCUGGCAAAGCAGGCAGAGAUGCACUCUUCGCUGAGCUCAACAAGGGAGAAGCUGUUACUGCGGGACUCAGAAAAGUUACUGCUGACAUGCAGACUCAUAAAAACCCUGCACUACGUGAACAUGUGAAAGGGAAGCUGAAUUCAAUUACCCUUGAUAGCUGUCGCAAGACUUCGGUUGUAUUCGACGCGGUGGUUGCUCAGUGCGAAACUAUAAAUUGUCAGCGCAUAGAGAUACAGACCUUGGGCGAAAUGCCGACAAUUUCUAUCCAGAAAACUGACGGCUGUCAAGUUUAUCUUAGCCAAACUUCGAAAAAUGCUGAAAUUGUAACCAGCAAGUCUAGCGAAAUGAAUGUGCUCAUACCAAAAAGCGAUGGCGAUUACAUGGAAUUUCCUAUUCCGGAACAGUUCAAAACGACAUUCGACGGAGGAAAGUUGGUCACUUGCGUAUCCGAUAUAUCAUAG